UGUCUGCGCAGUGACAACGCUAGCGGUUACUUCACAAGGAAGUAGUGGAAGUUGAAGUGGGAAGAUGUUUAAUUAACAGCCUUUACAGUUUGUUAAUACGUCUGCGUAUUUAAUGUAAAGUUCUGUUCUGUUAUCGCGAGCGAUUAGACGUUUCAUUGUGCGCUCGUGAUAGUGGUGCAUGUGCGUUUAUUCACGUUCAAUUAAUGCUGCUUCUGGGGCGGAUAGGUGUCAUUACUUAUAGCGGUUCGGUUCUCUCACUCUCUUUAAGGAGCAUUGGAUUUCUAGCGUGUAAGAUCAUGAAUUCCAGCCAGACAGUGAAGUGCAUGAGUGAUGGAGCUGGAAGUGUAGGCAGAUGCGUCGAGGAUGACGCGGAUUCAGUCAGACCUGCUGGCGGAGACUCCCUGAUGGCGGCCGAGGAGAGACAUCCGAGAUCUGCCAGUCCCCGCGGUGUGAACGGAGAAGAUGAUUCUGAAGCGGAGUCCCAUCAGGACGGCCGUAACGUGAAUGUGGACCCGGAGACUAGGAGGAGGGCGUUCAGCUGGUGCCGUGACUUUCUGUCCGGAUCAUGGAAGGCUAUAUCGGAGCAUGACUUUCAUAUCAAAAUAGUCAGUGGAGGACUCAGUAACCUGCUGUACAUGUGCAGUUUACCCGCCGAUGUUCAGCCCUCUGGGGUCGAACCUCGACGAGUUCUGCUCCGGAUCUACGGGGCCAUUCUACAGGGAGUGGAUUCUCUUGUUUUGGAAAGUGUGAUGUUUGCCAUUUUAGCAGAGAGAGAGUUGGGCCCACAUCUCUAUGGCAUUUUCCCAGAAGGUCGUCUAGAGCAGUACUUGCCUAGUAAUCGCUUGCGUACGGAGCAGUUGGGGUUCCCAGAGAUCUCAGCUGAAAUAGCCAGUAAAAUGGCACGAUUCCAUGGGAUGCAGAUGCCAUUCAACAAGGAACCCAAAUGGCUGUUUGGAACCAUUGACCGGUAUAUGGAACAAGUUAAAAUAAUACAAUUUGUGCGUGAAGCUCACAUCAAGAAAUUUACCAAGCUAAUGAAGUAUGAUCUUCCUGCAGAACUGGAGAAUCUGAGGUCACUGCUGGCAGCUACUCCCUCUCCAGUUGUGUUCUGCCAUAAUGACGUACAGGAAGGCAAUAUCCUCAUGUUAGAUGGCCGAGAGAAUUCAUCUGACAAACUAAUGCUUAUUGAUUUUGAAUACAGCAGCUAUAACUACAGAGGCUUUGAUUUUGGGAAUCAUUUCUGUGAAUGGAUGUAUGACUACACAUAUGAUCAGUGGCCCUUCUACAAGGCAAAGGUGGAGAAUUACCCCAACAGACAACAGCAGUUACGUUUUAUCAGACACUAUCUGUCAGAAAAGGGGGGCAUUGCACCUGCUGACCAAGCCAGGAUAGAAGAGGACAUGAUCAUUGAGGCAAACCGGUUUGCCCUUGCGUCUCAUUUCCUCUGGGGUUUGUGGUCUAUUAUUCAAGCCAAGAUCUCUAAAAUCGAGUUUGGAUAUAUGGACUAUGCACAGCACAGGUUUGACACAUACUUCAAACAGAAGAAACUCUUUUCCUAAAUUGUGACAUACAGCACAUGCAUCAUUUUGCAUCACCUGUUGUUUAGGUAUUGAUUUAAAAAAAAUAAAAAAUUCAAGAAAGGGCACAGUACAAAACAAUUAAGACUGCUAUAGAACGGUUCAUCCUGGGGAACAUUAAUUUUAAAUAAUGAAAAGUCCAAAGAUAACCUGCCUUAAAGUCACAUUUUGUAGGGCUUUAUUAUAGUUGUUCUUAUCCCUUCCAAAAAAUUAGAAGGUAAAAAGUUACAAAUUAUCUGCAAAUGGGGGGGGAUAGAAUUUUGUGACUGAAACCUAGAUACAAUUCACGUACUGUUCGUACCUCCUUAUUGUACAAGGCGAACUGUAAAAUUCAUUUUGUCAGUUUAUUUAUAAUAAUGUAACUGCAUUUUUUGGAAUAUUGAAACUUGUGUGUGGUCAACAUUAUCUAUUAAUUCUAUCAAGAAUCAAUCCGUCCAUCAUAAUUACCGUGUAAACCACAGGGUCCAGUGAUAUAUCUUCAUUUUUGUGUCCUAGUUUCAAAUACUAUAUUUGUUUGUACUUUCAUCUGAAAACAAAAGCAGCGUUGUAGCUUGUUUAAUUUCCCUCCCCAGUGUUUUAAAACAUUGCAAAAUUAUUGCAUCCUUCCUAUAUUUACAUACUGUGAAAUACAUUGCACGUCUUUUUUAAACUCAGGAGUCAAUUAAUUCGUUUCAGAAUGGCACAUAAACUACUCUUUCUUCCUGAUUUUGAUGCCAUUUAACUUUCAAUUGGAAAAAGUAUUAAUAAUAGGAAAUAAUGUCGAGCUAUGUUUUCUGUGUUUUACUUGGGAUUUGACCAGUCUUUGCUCAGCUAUAUUGAUAUGUAGCAAUAACUAUUGUCUACAGCCAUCUUCUAUACAUUUGUACAUAGGUUUAAAUAUAGUCUGAACUGCACAUAAAGGAAAUACCACCUCAAGAACAGAAGUUUAAUUACUAAACUGACAAAUGCCUUUGUCCCCUUUCUAAACACAAAGUUCUUUUAAGUAGCUGCUGAUAAUACAAAUGAAGGAUAGUAGCAUUAUACUGUGAAUUAGUGGGAUCAUCAUCUUAAGAAUCAUGGUACAUUGUUGGAAUCAUAUUGGGAGAAUCUGAAUGGUCAAAUUGAUGCUCUUGUAUUUGUCCCCAUCUAUAAACAAAUGUAUCUGUAUAAUUUUCACAAUGCUUUCUUUCCCGUAUGUUGUAGCAAGUUCAGGGACAAAGGAAAUAUUGAGGGACCAUGAACAUUUUAAGCUAGGCUACUUUAACAUGCUCCCAAUAUCAUUGUUGAUAUUGAAUCUGUGAUUCUUAAUAUUGAGUUGAGAAGCAAUUGCACUGUUAGAACUAAUGUUAACUUCUAUAAUUGCUUUGGCUAAUUCAAGUUAUACUGUAGACUUGUCUCUGGUAUGUUUUAUUUUGUUCCUUUGCCAUGUAGGUAUCCAUUAAUUUUGCUCAUUAAAAAAAA